AUGAACAGCCCCAUCUACGACUUUUUGGUCAUUACUACCAAGAAUCUUCCCGAUAUUGUCAAGCUAGAAGAUGUGACUCAGCCGGUUAUUACUCCUGGGAGAACUACAGUGGUCCUUAUCCAGAAUGGCUUCGAUAUCGGUAGACCGUUCAUUACCAAAUAUCCCAAAAAUAUCUGUCUUUCUGGUAUCUCUCAUAUUGGUUCUCAUAAUGAUGGCGGCGUUAUUACUCAGAGUCAGCAUGAUAGAUGUCUUAUCAGUUACUUUGAGAACCCAAUUUUGCCGUCGCUUGAUCAAAAAAAUAAAGCUGAGGAAUUCAUCUCUCUCUAUAGCAACGAGAAGAAUUCUGUUAGUUAUGUUGCCGAUGCUAAGAGGAAUAGAUAUGAGAAAUUGGUAUAUAAUGCAACUAUGAAUACUGCAUGUGCUUUAACUGGUGUUGACGCCGGUAGAUUGGAAACCUCGGGUGCUUUGGAUACAGUUGCUGUCCCUGCAAUGAGGGAAGUAGUUCAAGUCGCCAAGGCCGACGGCGUUGAACUUCCAGAGGAUAUAAUCAAUACCUUUGUCCAUUCUGAUGAUGGCUAUUGGUUCGAGCCCUCGAUGAGAGUCGACGUUAAAAAGGGAAAUCCCAUUGAGUUGGAGGUUAUCUUAGGAAACUUACUUAGGGUGGCUAGGGAAUUGAAAGUUGAGACUCCUCAUCUUGAGCUGAUGUAUAAUUUGUUAAAGGCUGUCCAAUUCAGGCUUAAGGAAGCCAAAGGCAUGAUCCAUCUCCCGGAAAAAAGGCCUAUUUCUGAUCGAUUCUACAAGUAA